AUGCGGCUGGUGCUAGAAGCUCUCAUGACUGCAGCAGCACUAGCGGGUGGAAGUGCUGCGACGACGAACUUGGAGCUGUCGCGCGCGCUUCCAUCCGAUUUCAGUUCAGAGAGUGGUCCCCUCACAGAAGGACCCGGCAACGUCAUCCCCAAAAUAACCUUAAGGGGGAAGAGCGCGAGACCUACCGCGGACGAUUCUUCGAGCUUCGAUCCCGAGGAAGAACGUGGAUUGUGGGUUUCCAAAUUUCCAGAGCUGAUGAACUUGGCUACGGUCGAAGAGAGCAAGAUGGCGGAGAUCGUGUCGAACGAGAAGACACUCACAAAGGCGUUCAAGUUUCUGGCCAAUAAUAAGAUCGAUCCCCGCACGGCAUACGUACAUGCUAUGAACCAUCCUAAUUAUCCUGAUUUGCCGGCACACACAGAGGCAUUUUUAAAAAGAUACGGUAUAUGGGCCGACGCCAACUUGCACCUCUUCAAAAAAUGA